AUGUAUACGUACAUGAGUCAAACGCUAUUGCUGCUCUCACAGUCAUGUGUGGUUGCCGUAGACCUAGUGAAGCACCCUCCCUCCCCCGAAAGCAAAAAAAUGGGUGAACAAAAAACAUACAACAGCCAGGAUUCGCAUGUGGUCACCCACCAUACUACUGACUGGCCGGCGUGUGGCUUAAGUACGGCUGAGCGGACGGGAAGCCCUGCUCUCCACACCCUAUGGUCGUAUGUGCUGGGAAACAUGUUUAAAAUAUUCAUGUAG